AUGCACAGAAGUGUGGGAGACCCCGAUGACUGGGGUCCCCUGGGGUUUUCAGCCUCAGAGCUGGCCACACGGACCCUCCAGCAAUUCGUCAGUGACUCUGGCACUGGCUCCCGGAGGCUUCUGCCCGUGGGUUUCUGCUCUCGAGGUGGAUCCAAGUCAGUGGCUCUCGGGAGCCGGGCAGGGUGUCGGCCCGGCCGAGUCUUGGCCGUGGGAGUUAACAAGCACAAGCCAUGGCUGGAGCCCACGUACCAUGGCUUAGUGACAGAGAGCGACAGCACUGUGCUCCUGGACCCCCCGCUCAUCGCCCUGGACAAGGACGCCCCUCUGCGCUUUGCAGAGAGUUUUGAGGUGACAGUCACCAAAGAAGGUGAGAUUUGUGGAUUUAAAAUUCAUGGGCAGAAUGUCCCCUUUGAUGCAGUGGUAGUGGAUAAAUCCACUGGUGAGGGAAUCAUUCGCUCUAAAGAGAAACUGGACUGUGAACUUCAGAAAGAUUACACGUUCUCCAUCCAGGCCUACGACUGCGGGAAGGGACCGGAUGGGGCCAGCGUGAAAAAGUCUCAUAAAGCCACUGUCCACAUUCAGGUGAAUGACGUGAACGAGUACGCACCUGUGUUCAAGGAGAAGUCCUACAAGGCCACCGUCGUGGAGGGCAAGCAGUACGACAGCAUCCUGAGGGUGGAGGCGCUGGACGCAGACUGCUCCCCGCAGUUCAGCCAGAUCUGCAGCUACGAAAUUGUCACUCCAGACGUGCCCUUCACCGUGGACAAAGACGGUUAUAUAAAAAACACAGAGAAGCUGAGCUACGGGAAGGAGCACCAGUACAAGCUGACGGUCACGGCCUACGACUGCGGGAAGAAAAGAGCAACGCAAGACGUGCUGGUGAAGAUCAGCAUCAAGCCCACCUGCGCCCCCGGGUGGCGAGGAUGGAACAACAGGGUCGAGUACGAGCCCGGCACUGGCGCCUUGGCGCUCUUCCCAAACGUCCACCUGGAGACGUGUGACGAGUCGGUGGCCUCGGUGCAGGCGACGGUGGAGCUGGAGACCAGCCACAUAGGGAAGGGCUGUGACCGCGACACCUACUCGGAGAAGUCCCUUCACCGGCUGUGCGGUGCCGCGUCCGGCACAGCUGAGCUGCUCCCCUCCCCGAGCGGCUCCUCCAACUGGACCGUCGGCCUCCCCACCGACAACGGCCACGACAGCGACCAGGUCUUCGAGUUCAACGGCACUCAGGCCGUGAGGAUCCCGGGCGGUGUGGUUUCCGUCAACCCCAAAGAGCCUUUCACGAUUUCUGUGUGGAUGCGGCAUGGGCCGUUCGGCAGGAAGAAGGAGACGGUUCUUUGCAGUUCAGACAAAACAGAUAUGAACCGGCACCACUAUUCACUCUAUGUCCACGGCUGCCGGCUUGUUUUCCUCCUCCGUCAGGAUCCUUCAGAAGAGAAGAAGUACAAACCUGCAGAAUUCCACUGGAAGUUGAAUCAGGUCUGUGACGAGGAGUGGCAUCACUACGUCCUCAACGUGGAAAUCCCGAGCGUGACUCUCUACGUGGACGGCGUUUCUCAUGAGCCCUUCUCUGUGACCGAAGAUUAUCCGCUGCAUCCAGCCAAGAUCGAAACUCAGCUCGUGGUUGGGGCCUGCUGGCAAGAGUAUUCAGGAGUUGAAAAUGACAAUGAAACUGAGCCUGUGCCUGUGGCCUCUGCAGGUGGUGACCUGCACAUGACCCAGUUUUUCCGAGGUAAUCUGGCUGGCCUGACGAUCCGUUCUGGGAAACUUGCAGAUAAGAAGGUGAUAGACUGUCUGUAUACCUGCAAAGAGGGGCUGGACCUGCACGUCCCUGAAGACAGCAGCAGAGGCAUAAAGAUCCAAGCCAACCCCAGUCAGUCGGUGUUGACCUUGGAGGGAGAGGAUGUUGGGGAGUUGGAUAAGGCCAUGCAGCACAUUUCCUACCUGAAUUCACGACAGUUCCCCACCCCUGGAAUCCGAAGACUCAAAAUCACCAGCACGGUCAAGUAUGUGCUGAUUGGUAACAAUAAAUCUGUCUUUGCUCAGUGACCNNNGGUGGAUGGCUACGUGAUGGUCCUACAGCCGGAAGAGCCCAAGAUCAGCCUGAGUGGCGUCCGCCAUUUUGCUCGAGCGGCUUCUGAAUUUGAAAGCUCAGAGGGUGUGUUCCUUUUCCCUGAGCUUCGGAUCAUCAGCACCAUCACACGAGAAGUGGAGCCUGAAGGGGAGGGGGACGAGGACCCCACAGUUCAAGAGUCACUGGUGUCUGAGGAGAUCGUGCACGACCUGGACACCUGUGAGGUCACGGUGGAGGGAGAGGAACUGAACCGAGAGCAGGAGAGCCUGGAGGUGGACGCGGUCCGCCUGCAGCAGAAGGGCAUCGAAGUCAGCAGCUCUGAGCUGGGUGUGGUCUUCACAGGUGUCGGCACCAUGGCCAGCUACGAGGAGGUCUUACGCCUUCUGCGGUAUCGGAACUGGCACACCAGGUCUUUGCUGGACCGGAAGUUCAAGCUCAUCUGCUCCGAGCUGAAUGGCCGCUACGUCAGCAACGAGUUCCAGGUGGAGGUGAACGUCAUCCACACGGCCAACCCCAUGGAGCACGCCAGCCACAUGGCCGCCCAGCCACAGUUCGUCCACCCCGAGCACCGCUCCUUCAUUGAUCUCUCGGGUCACAACCUGGCCAACCCUCACCCGUUCGCAGUUGUCCCCAGCACCGCCACCGUCGUGAUUGUGGUGUGUGUCAGCUUCCUGGUGUUCAUGAUCAUCCUGGGAGUGUUCCGGAUCCGGGCCGCCCAUCAGAGGACCAUGCGGGACCAGGACACCGGGAAGGAGAACGAGAUGGACUGGGACGACUCCGCCUUGACCAUCACCGUAAACCCCAUGGAGACGUAUGAGGACCAGCACAGCAGCGAGGAGGAGGAGGAGGAGGAAGAGGAAGAGGAGAGUGAGGACGGAGACGAGGAAGACGACAUCACCAGUGCUGAGUCGGAGAGCAGCGAGGAGGAGGAAGGGGAGCACGGAGACCAGCAGACGGCAAACAGGCAGCAGCAGCUGGAGUGGGACGACUCCACCCUCAGCUACUGAGCCAGCCGCUCCCUCCGUCACCUCCCUUCCUGCUUCAGGAGACUCUGCUGUCAUCUCCGUCCCCGCCCUAAGGGUCCACGAUGUACAAAGUCAUUCUGGCCAGUAGGUCUGCAGACCCUCCCCACCGCUCAUCUCUGCCCGUGCUUGGUGUGUAGGACCGUAGGCCCCUUUGCUCUCUCCCCGCCUCCGCCUGAUCGCUCGUAAGUUAUGUGAGGAGCUGACACUCUCCAGAAAAGUUGCUGUGACUGGACUCGUUGACAAAGGGUUAAAAUUGCUCACUCCCACCUGGUAAUCCUUUUUCUUUUUCUUUUUUUUUUAAUUUUUAUUUUUUCCAAACUAGUGCAUGUAUAAAAUGGCAGAAUGGGGAUUAAUAUGUAGAUGAUGAACUGACUUUUUAAUAUUUUGUAAAUAAAUUGGGAUUCCUUGUGUCCUUUGUGCUAGUGUAAACCAGGGCCGGGUGCAAAGUGAAGUAGGAGACGCUGAGCGUGGGAGGGACCGAGGCCCCCGUCCCUGGGUGCCUGCCCGACUCGGGCAGCCCUGGGCACUGACGGCCUUGGGUCUCAGGCCUUGGCGCGUGGACGGGGCAGCCAGGGGCACAGACGUCAGUGUGCUGCCUGGCAGGAAGGGACCAGGUCAGGGACCGCUCUUCGGAGGCUGGAUAUGGCCAGGUCUUUUCUUGGGGAUUCUACCCGUUUCUGACUUGGCAGAGGUCCGCGGGGGAGCUGAGGUCCCUGGCCAUUUGUGUAGGCUUCUCCGAGGACCAGCAGCUCCCUGUGCGGGAACCUGGACUCACACGCGGCCUUGGGGUUUGUACUGAACAUUUCCUUGCUGGUGAGAGCGCAUGUCGGUUAUACGGCUAGGGCAGACCGUCUGACCUCUUGGUUUGGAUCAGCAGGCCUGAGGGGUCCAUACUCAGAACGGCUGAGGAGCAGGUUUGCUGAAACGAUGCCCAGUGGCCUGAAGGCAGUGCUAGGCCCCCUCCCCAGAGCCCCGGGGCAAAGCCCGCGCCCAGCCGGUGGUGAAGGGGAGAGGUCGGGCAGCGGUCAGGAGCUCAGACCCCUCAGCACUUGGUUUUUAAUUUACAUGUGAAAUUUCAGAUUUCUAAAACUGGGGGACGAUAAUUUUGAACACUGUUCCGUGCUCCUAACUGCUAGUUUUGAGGACACCGCCAGCUGUCCUGUGUCGUGUGUGGCCACCCCUCCAUGUACUGUCGCUGUAGCUGCUCUGUUUAGACAACGGCUAGACGCCGACGCGGAGGUGGGACGUUCUCGCGCUGUCUGUAGCCGCCGCCGUGUCACUUUCCUGAUGUGUACAUUGAUGAUUAGGUCAGAAAGUGUAUACACCACAAUAAAGUUCGGGUUCUAACCAACU